AUGACGUCCUCUGAAGAACCUCUAUCUCUCAGAUUCGCACAGUUCUUCGGGGUCAUGACUGGCUUAAUGGCGUACGGCAUCCAUUUCACGCUGUUCGUCAUGACCGCGUGCCUCCUCAUGAAACAGCGGCAUACGAUGCGCCGAGCCUCCUUUUACCUGACGUACACCUGCCUCCAGUUCACGUUGAGCUCCAUCGGCAUGUGGCGGGACGUGGUAGGAGAGUCAGUUUCGUACCUGGAGCACGGAAACGAUCCGGCUAUUGCGGGACCGAUUGAGUAUUAUAAUGUUUAUUUCCGGUCACCGCCCGAGUGGGUCAGCGUGCUUGCGUUUGCGGCGUGCACUUGGUUACAAGAUGGGCUGCUAUUAUACAGAUGCCUUUUAUUUUAUUCCAACAAGCGGGUAAUAAUCGUCCUCCCCGCCCUACUCUUCAUCGGUUCAAUAGUCACCUCCAUCCUCUUCAUCAUCGAAGUCGCCACCAGCCGCGACCUCUACGGGAGCACCUCGAUCGACCUGGGGAUCCCGUACUGGGCGCUCAGCAUCGCGUUCAACCUCGUCGUGACGCUGCUGAUCAUCGCGCGGCUGUACGUGCUACGCCGGGAGGUGCGGCGCUCGCUCACACCGGACGCGGCGGACGUGUAUACUAGUGUGGGCGCGAUGCUCGUCGAGAGUGCGGCGCUGUACUCAGUGACGGGGCUCGUGUUUAUUGCGUGCUAUGCGAGGGAUAGCGGGGCACAGUACGUGUUUAUUACGUGGCUGGGCCAGUUCGAGUCCAUCUCACCACUGCUCAUCAUCCUGAGAGUGGCGCAGGGCCGCGCAUGGUCGGCCUCCGCCCCGCCGCCGGUGACGAACCCGGCCAACGUUAUCCGCCUUAACCAUAUGCGCAACUCGCACAAGGCGGGGGAGCAGGCAGCGUCGGGCGUGUCGGUAACGGUAGAGACCGUCACGGCGGACCCUGGGACACGGUUCGCGGUGGACGCUGAGGAGGAGAAGAAGAGGGAGAAGUGGCAUCGGCUGGGGUUGAAGAGUACGCAGCAGGUCGGAGAUGUAUGA